AAGAGCGAGCGCGAUCGAGGGGGUGCUGCUCGCUGCUCGCAUUGUCUGUCGGGACGGUGGCGGUGAAUGUCUGCCGUCUGUCAGAAACGCUCUCUGAUGCCCAUUAAGGCUUAUUAGUGUAUGAAGUAGACCCGUACUGGAGAUAGAUUCGCAAGCGUCAGUGAUCCCUUUUCUUCCUUCCUUCAUUCGUUGAGUUUCUGAAACGGAAAGACAAACCGACCCGAACUAGCGAGAGCAAGCGCUUGUUGCGUUCGGCCGGCGAGAGAAGGAGAGGGGUGGCGGAUCGGGCGAGGAGGCGCACGGCGCUUGAUCGCAGAGCCAAAGGCGGCCAAUGACUUCGGAGAGCAGCAGCCAAGCGCAACAGAAGGAGGAGGUCGAGCCGGGAUCAGUGGCCCGAGAUCAAGAGGAGAAAACCGGCGAGAACCAAGGCGGCAUGGUGACCACCAAGGGGGCCGGUCUGAAUCCCAAUGCUAAAGUGUGGCAGGAAGUGUCUGCACCAACCACCCAGGCUCCAGAGGCGGCCACAGAGACGUGUCAUUGGCCACAAGCAGACAUUGUCUCCACUGAGGAGUCGGAAGGUUUCAGUGAGUAUGGUGUUGGCUAUGGUGACUCUGAGUCAACCCCUCCUAUGGAGAACAGCAUGUUGAAUGGCAUGGAGUCCGCAGAACUGGCUUACCCACUCUACGAACCAGUGGAGGGUGAGACUGUCGAGGAGCAGCCUCUGCUGUCUGAAGAGAGUCUGAAGGAGUCACUGAAGAAGCAGCUGGAAUUUUGCUUCUCAAGAGAGAAUCUCUCCAAGGACCUUUACCUGAUGUCUCAGAUGGACAGUGAUCAGUUUGUCCCUAUUUGGACUAUUGCAAGCAUGGAGGGGGUCAAACUGCUGACUACUGAUAUGGACCUGAUACUUGAGGUGCUACGAGCCUCUCCCAUGGUGCAGGUGGAUGAGAAGGGUGAGAAGGUACGGCCAAACCACAAGCGAUGCAUCAUCAUCCUCCGAGAGGUUCCUGAGACCACGCCUGUAGAGGAGGUGGAGGGCCUGUUUAAAAGUGAAAAGUGUCCGCAGGUUAUCAGUGUGGAGUUUGCACACAAUAACAACUGGUACAUCACAUUCCAGUCUGACACUGAUGCUCAGCAGGCCUACAGAUACUUGCGAGAGGAAGUCAAAACCUUUCAGGGCAAACCAAUUAUGGCUCGAAUCAAGGCCAUAAACACGUUCUUUGCUAAGAACGGUUAUGUGGCCGUUGACUCUGGGGUUUACUCCAGUCCAUCACAGUACUCGUCUCCAGUUUACCUGCAGCAGGUGUACCAGCCUCCACAGCAGUACCCUCUCUAUAGCCUCUUGCCACAGACAUGGACCCCCUCACCGACCCCUUAUUUUGAAACGCCACUGGCUCCAUUUCCCAACAGCACAUUUGUUAAUGGCUUUGGCACAGCAGGAAACUACAAAACUGGCUCCUCUCCAAUCAGCCUUACACGCAACUACCCCCGCAACCGACUUCCACUUUAUUCCAGAAAGAAUGUAAUCAAUGCCUUCAGGAAUCAUGUAAAGCCACAGCCUCGUGCUGACGUGUGUCAGCUGACAGAGACUUCAUCUGGUACCGGUAGUCCCCAGCCUCCAUGCACGCCUACUUCAGACACCGCUGCCUCCACCCUCACUCUGCUCUCUGAACCGCCAGCUUCUCCCAGAGAGAACAACCACUCAGACCUCAGCAUCAGCAGCCGGGCCAGGUCCGUCCUUUACGUGAGAGGAAGUUAUCGUGGCAUGAGGAGGAGAAGAGAAGAUGAAAGAACAAGGCCGAAUCCUGAAUCAGAAGUGAAAGCUCCACCCCCUAAGUUUGACCUUGCAACCACUAACUUCCCGCCAUUGCCAGGAGGUGUCCCGAGUCGUCUGCCAGCUGCAACCGUGCAAACGGAGUCGGUGUUGGAAAAUCGCAUGGCAGAUGUAGUUAAGGGCAUCAGCAGGGAGAAGCCGGAAACAAGUAAGCAAGAUGUCAGUCAAGAUCCUGGAACAUGUCCAGUGGAAGCUCAAUCGACUGGACCCUCUUCUCCAGCGCCAAAGCCUCCUGCCACAAAACAGGACACACCUACCACUAGUACGUCAGAUCAAGUGAAGAGACCUGAGAAAGCGGUCCAGGUCUCUGACACACCUCCAGACCUUGCUUCGGUGACUACAAAGCACGUCCAGCCCAUUUCUGCCCCCAAACCUUCACGCAGCCAAUCAAGCACUUCAAGCACUGCAUCUACUCCACCUGUCAUAACAAGCGCAACUGUCCAGGAGCCUCGGAAGCUGAGCUAUGCGGAGGUGUGUCAGAGGCCACCCAAAGACCCUCCCCCUGCACCGGCUGCCCCGCCCAGCCCAAGUCCCACCCCUUCUCCCACCACAAACCAACCACUACGUGAACUUCGCGUCAACAAAGCGGAAGGCCCAGCCUCAUCCCGCUGCAGUCCGGGCGAGAAACUGGAGAAAGGAAACGAGAGUCGGACGUCCAGAGAGCAUACUGGCUACCAACGUGGUAACGGCCCCAGAGGGUCAGGUUUUAAGCUCAGAGAGCAACAGAGACGCCCUCUACAGGGUCGGCGCUCCUCUCCACAGAUGGGGUAUAACAGGCACAGUGGAAAAGAACAAAACAUCCCACCCAGAUCGCCAAAGUAAUGCCUCGUAUGCCCACAACACACGUGCACACUUGUGUGUAUGCUUAGAUACACAACUUAUAUAUAAAUAAAUAUAAAUACUGGACUGUCGCACUGUGUUAUCAAAGAAACCUCUGCUUCCCAAAUGACUGUGGUAUCUGGGAAGUUGUUCCUUAAAAAUACAGAAGAAAUCUAGGAAUUUAAGACGAAAAACCUCUUACACUUGAAAGGAGAAAUGGAGGCUAUGCUUCCUGUGUUGUCUGUGAUUUACAGCAAUUUAUUAGCUUGUGAAUGAGUUUUGAUUUUACUUGGAGUGUUACAGGUCCUGGCACUAGUGUACAACGCUGUACUUAAAAAAAAAAAAUAUAUAUAUAUAUAUAAUAUUAUAUUAUCUAUAAAUGAUAGUAGUACUGUUGGUGAGAAAUCUAGCCAGCAGAUGUUCUCCAUAUGCAACAGAUCACACAAAGACAGCAUGGCAACACCCCACAGGUCCAUGAGUCACGUGUGUUUUUUUUGUGUUUUCCCCACUACUAACAAUUUUGCACCAGUCCUAAAAGGGGCUGGGGAAUAAAUUGGAUUCAGAUGUGAUGCUUUUAAAAAUGAUCGAUGCACACUGAUUCAUAACUGUUUGUUUUAAUUUAUUCAAAAUGUGCACAAGAUAUUGAUACAAGGUUCCCACAGUCAUGGAAGACCAGGGAAUUUUAAAAGUGAGAUUUGGAGAAUAGGAAAAGUGAGUUGUAUCACUAUUAUAAUUAAUUCUUCAGCUAGAAAUUACUUUAAUAUGAUGAUUCUGAGUUUUUACAAUUAUUUCUAGAAAUGUUUUGACCUGAACAUGGUGGAAACGUGUUGAUAUUUGGCAUGUCAUUUAAAAAGCUCUCAAGCAGGUAUUCAGGGCAUCACAUGAUUUGUAAAGCGACUCACUUGUGCACAUUAUGCCAUUGAAUUGUAAUUGCUUCGUGACUGAAUCAAAAUUAAAUUAUGAGAUGCCUAUAGAUUCCCACCCCAGUCUAAAACUGGAAGACAAGUGUGUGUAUGUUGUUCAGACAAAGGAAGAGGGAAAUGUGUAAGUUUGAAGAACACAGUGAGAAUGAACAAGAAGUUUGUCAUGAAGAAUGGAUGAAAUAGUACUAGACAUACAUUGAAAAAAGAUUUGGAGAUUGCGGAGUAUAUUCCAGGUGAUUUAUUUUUUUUGAGUUGGUGUGUCGUUUUGUAUAAUGUCGUAUGGUGUCAUCUGUGAUAUCCAGUGUUUCUGAAGGCUGGGUCUGUCAGUAACCGAAAGCUCAAGCUGCUUUAUUGGAAAAAUGAAUAGAAAUCAUUCGUGUAGAUGAGCAAAACCACAGUUUGUCUUCCUUUCCCUUGGGAGUGCAAGUCUUGUUAGUGUUUUCUAGUGAUCGGGUUGUUUGUAGUGGCUGCUUUUGACAAUUUCGGUUUUCUUUUCUUAUUUUUCUUAUUUAUUUUUUCUCCCUCUGCUGUAGAUGCUGGUGACAAUAAUCAGGUUGGAUUUUAUGCUCUCAGAGUUAGUGUGCUGCUUCAGAAUCGCCGUUCAUGUCCAGUCUGUGAAUAUUGAGUCAGUCUGUGUUUUUCUUUGUAUGUUUGUUUAAUGAUAAUCUGUAUGUGACGCUUGCGUUUAUGCCUGUACAUUUCAGGUAUGAUUACAUGUAAUAUACCUGCUACAGCACUCAUAAUGUACCCAUCAUUCAAUCUCAUGUCCACUUUGGUAAAAGAGAGGGAACUCAGGACCUCAGAGGAAAUCGGUGAUGUGUAUGUGACUGCUAAUUUUGUCCAAUGCUUACUGCAGGAAUUUUUUUUUUUUUUUUUUUUUUUUUUUUUGUGUAGCCUUUUGAAUUCAGUAACCACAUUAAACUGUUUAGGGGUCUUAAGUUUCAGUCAAUAAUGUAUAUUUGAACGUUUUAAAAAAUGUUUAAUCAGUGAUACUGUAAUGCAUGAUUCUCUCCUCAAUCUGUUUUUCCUCCCCUCCUUCUCGUCUCAUUCACAUGUAUGGAUGCGCUGUGCACAGAUCCAGACCAAAGUCAAAUCAGCAGAGAGACAAUCUCAGGAAGUGCUGUUUAAAUGCAGUAGCUCCUCUCUUAUUCUGCCAUGGGCAGGGCCACCGUUGAAUGAGUGAGUGGUUAAUCAUGAUUGUUGAUUAGUGAGUUGAACAAUGUAUGUUUUAGUUUUAUGAAACUGUGUGUAGAACCUUAUAAAGGUCUCCUAUGAAUAAUUUCUCAAAAUCCCCUACUUUCUAUUUGACUGUUUCAGACGAAAGGAUGGAGGGAAAGUUCAUGCAUCAGUUUUUUGUUUUAAUUUAUUUUGUUUUAAAUUGUCUGUUUCUUUAACUUUCUUUAGUGUGGCUUUCUUGCCCUAACGUGUGUUAUUAGUUUGAGAUGUUUUCAGAUUUUUGUUUUCUAUAUUUGGCAAUAUUAUCCUUGGGCGCAAAUUAUUUUGAAACUGUGCCACUAAAAUUAGGGAAAAAAAAUCAGUGGACCUGGUUUUAUUUUUUUAUUCUUUUAUCUGAAUUAAUGGAUUUGAUUCAUAACUGGUUGGUGAAACAAAAUGUUUUGUUUUGUUGCUAAUCUCAUAACCUGUGUAGGCUGUAAGCUUUUUAGACAUGAAAUGGUGCAGUUACGAGUAGCAAGUCUUUAGCCAACAAAAAAAAAAAAAAAAGAAAAAAAAGGAAGAAAGAAAAACAAGUAUUGACCUUUUCUCUUUAAUUAUAUAGGGGGGUAGACAUAGCAACUGCUGAGUGAAGUGUUUUGGAUGAUAUUGUAGAUGUUCAAUAAAAAAAAAAUGCUAAGGAAAUGAAAGAAAAAAAAUAAAUGAUAAAAUGAUUUUAAUCUG